UCCCUGAAUGCAGUGAUUUGCGCGGUUUCCGCAUACCAGCCGCUGACAUUUGAAAACUGGUUCCACCUGUAUUGUUACCGACUGCAGGAAGUUCGGAGGACCAUCCCCCAAAAGUCUACUAGAUACAGCCUGGAGUUUGAAACAUUUCUCCAGGUAGGAAUCUGGAUGGUUGGACUAUUGUUUUGGCAGCCCUUUGUUAACAGAAAACACCCAAGUCAUCGUUGCAGCAGUUUCAUGGAAAUCGCAAUAAGGCUGGUGAGUGAGAGGGUGCGUGUGUGAUGGAAGAGACCUUGCGGGGCUGUCUCCCCUGUCUGCGGGGGCUGUGGGAUCGCAUCUGGCCCGAAGCCCCAACUUCGGACCCCGUCCAAAGCCGGCGACAGGUCGCUGUUAUCUCGGGUCCCUACCUGCAGUCGAAGGUCCCGGCGAGCCCGGCUCCUGCCUUGCCCCCCGAGCCUGGACCCGUCUACGCUGCUUUGUACGACUUCGAGGCCAGGACCCCAGAGGAGUUGUCGCUGAGAAAGGGAGAGAAACUGAGGGUCAUCCGGGAUGAGGGAGACUACUUAUUUGCGCAGAAAGCCACCGGUUCCAAAGCGGCUGCAGUCCGGGGCUUGGUCCCUACCAAUUAUGUGAAAGUAAUCCAGGAAAACCUUGCAAAAGAGCCGUGGUAUUUUGGAAGGAUGGGAAAAGCUGAUGCAGAAAAAUUACUUACAUCUGCCCAAAAUCAAAAUGGAGCCUUCCUGGUCCGCAAAAGUGAGGCUGAUAAUGGUGGUUAUUUGAUAUCAGCUCUAGAUGAUAAAGUGCAGCACUAUCGGAUAUUGACUUCAUCUGAGGGAUUUUUUUAUCUACACGAGAACCAAAUGUUUUCCACAAUUAGUGACCUUAUGGAAUUCUACAGAAGAAAAUGGAAGAUCUUUGGGUUUCCAUUGACAAAACCUUGUGUGAAGCAAGAAGCUUAUAAAGCUGAUGAAUGGGAAAGGCCUAGAGAAGAGUUUUCUUUGUUAAGAAAACUGGGAGAAGGUCACUUUGGAGAAGUCUGGGAAGGAGUUUGGAAGAAAAACCAACGUGUAGCAAUCAAAAUGCUUAAAAAGGAUGAUAUGAAUGCGGAUUUGUUUCUUCAAGAAGUUAAAAUUAUGAAGAGCAUCAACCAUCCAAACCUAAUCCAGCUUCAUGCUGUUUGUUCAAUUGAAGAACCUGUUUACAUUGUCACAGAACUCAUGACCAAAGGAAACCUAAAGGAUUACUUAUGUGGCGCUGAAGGUGAAACAUUAACAAUUACUCACCUUGUGUAUAUUGCUAGCCAAGUGGCAGAAGGAAUGGCUUACUUAGAAAAUCAUAAAUUUGUCCACCGAGAUUUGGCUGCAAGAAACGUUCUUGUUGGAGAAGAUCUUGUCUGCAAAGUUGCAGACUUUGGAUUAAUGAGAUUGAUCCGGGAUGAGGUGUAUACUGUCCGGGCUGGGACCAAAAUACCUGUAAAGUGGACUGCACCAGAAGCUGCAAAUUAUGACAGAUAUUCAGUAAAAUCAGACGUAUGGUCUUUUGGUGUUCUCCUUUAUGAAAUUGUGACUUAUGGCAAAGAUCCUUAUAAGGGAAUGACAAAUCAGCAAACUGUGGAUAAAAUAAACCAGGGAUACAGAAUGCCUUGUCCCAAAACCUGUACCCCAGAUAUAUAUGGAAUAAUGCUUAGGUGCUGGAAUGCAGCUGAGGAAAACCGACCAUCUUUCAGUACACUAACAGAUGAACUUAAUUCACUCUACUCUCAAUAUUAUUACAAAAACCAAGAUCAAGCUCCGGACAAAAACUGAGUUCAAGCUCCGGGAGAACACGUCUAACAUUACUACAAUUGGUGCAAUUCUGGAUGGAACUGGAUGUGAAUCAAUUCUUUACAUUUGAUUCAUGACAAUGGAUUGUUUCUCUACUUAACUUUUGACACAUUAGUUCACGACAGUGAACUAACUCCCUUCAAAUUAUGGUUGGCAGUACAAAGGGGAAAAUUUAUAGCAUAAUGUUGUUCUGUGCUGUAUUCCAUCAAGAGCAUUAAUUUACAGAAAAUAAAUAUGAAGAUACCCAUAUAAAAUAGCAGAGUAAGGAAUGGUGUAAUAAUCCAUUAAAUGUUGGUCUGCUGAUAUCAGCAAAAAUAAUUCUUAGCCUUGCAUUAGUAUUAUUAAACCCUAAAAGAAAUUGGAUAGUGAAAAUACAUAAGUAAUGUAAGAUUACUUAUAGAGGAAAUAUGAUUUUAACGACCAUCACUAACUGUAAUCGAUGGAAAGCGAGUGGGUGGACAUAUAUCAGAGACUUCCACUGCUCUUCCAACAGCCUGGGCCUAGGAUCUGUGUAACAUCUGUCCUCAAUGAAAUGGGAUCAGUCCUUUUUGUACAUUAUGGAUCCAGACCUGGCAAACCUACCCUACUUUGAAGUUUGAAGACUUGAAAUAAUUCUUAAUGCCUUUGUGCCUGUGAAUUUAAUUUUGCAUCACCUGCCAGACUGCAUGACGAAUGCAGUUAGUGAUCGAAGGCUGGCGACAAGAGAAAUGAUUAUUGCAAAACACAAGCCAACAAUCUUCCACCAUGCUCCUUUCUUUUUAUUCCAAAUGGCAAUGCCUAGUUUUGCUACUCUCACAAUAAUUGUCUUGACAGUAAGGCACAACACAAUGAAAGGAAGCCAUUCUGCUGAACAACACUUAAAAAUGUUAAUAACAAGGUAUUGCAUAACUGGAGCAUGUUUUGCUCAGUUAUUUAUAGUGGACUUUCAUUCCUUGUAAAAGUCUUCAGAUGUUUUAAGUAGCUUUCUUAAAUUUGUUGUUUAAUUCAUCAGAAAUGGAGAGAAAUUUGUAUAAUUGCAUUCUGUCAAUUCCAGGGUCUGUUCAUUGUUUUGGGCUCCAAGCAGGGAGUUGUGUGCAAGGUAAUUAGAUGUUACUGAACGGUG